AUGGAACAGAUAUCGGAGGUACCCUUGGAAGAGACCGACCCGAUGGAUAACGGUACUGUUCAACAGAGUAAUUCCUCCUGGAAUGAUAGUAACAGUACUGUUAGCAAUACUGGUACCAGUAAUGGAACAACAGCAGGAUAUCCCUUUCAAUUCACAAAUCCAUGGGAUAAUGAGAAGAUUCCGCCACCUUUGCAACAACAGCAACAACAACAACAACAACAACAACAACAACAACAACAACAGCAACAGAUGCAAAUGCAAAUGCAAUCUACAGCUGACAUGCAGCGACGUAAGUCUAGUCUUGUGAUUCCACCAGCCAGAGCUCCUGGUCCUAAUCCUUUCCACUAUGAUGCAUUAUUAAUGAAUCCUAAUGUUCCUAUGCCUGAAAUGUAUCCACAACAACAGGUACAAAGACCAAAUGUUCUAUUUCAACAGCAGGAGGCAAAUCACAUUCAACAGAUUGUUCAAGCACAACAGGCACAACAAAAACAGAUUAGUACACGACUAUUGCCAUCAUUAUAUAAUUCACAAGACUAUCAUCGUAGACAAAGUGUUGCUGCUGCACACUAUAAUCCAAACAAUUAUUACCAACAACCAACUCAGAACACAUCCCUCAGUGCUAGCAAUAGUAGUACCAACUUACCCAUGAUAUCACCUUACCGUAGACUUAGUGCAUUCCCAACGGCAGCAAAUCAUUCAGCAUUUACUCAGCAAAAACCGAUUCCACCACCACCUCAACAACAAUACGUCAUACCUCAAAUGCAUGUGGUGAACAAUAAAAGAGAUUUAAAGCCACAGAUUAAUAAAGUUCCUAAAUAUAGAAGGGCAUCAUUAAAUUCUAAGACAAUAUCACCUUUAAUUGGACUCACAAAGAAUCUUAUUACCACUUAUCAAUUAUGUUCUUCAGAAUUUGUAUACCAGACUUCAAAGAAUCCUAAACGUGUCCUCACAAAACCUAGUGAAGGAAAAUAUAAUAAUGGUUAUGAUAAUGUGAAUAGUGACUAUAUCCUUUACGUAAAUGAUGUUCUUGGGAUAGAACAAAACAGAAAAUACUUAGUGUUAGAUAUUUUAGGCCAAGGGACGUUCGGUCAAGUGGUAAAAUGUCAAAAUUUGAUGACAAAAGAAAUUAUUGCUGUCAAAGUUAUAAAAUCGAAAUCAGAAUAUUUGAAUCAGAGUCUUACUGAGGUUAAGAUUCUAGAAUUAAUAAAUGAAAAAAUAGACCCGCAUGAUAAACAUCAUUACCUAAGAAUGUACGAUUCAUUUAUCCAUAAAAAUCAUCUAUGCCUUGUUUUUGAACUGUUGAGCAACAAUUUAUACGAACUUUUGAAACAAAAUCAAUAUCAUGGUCUAUCUAUGCAAUUGAUUAAAAUAUUUACACGUCAAAUGUUAGAUUCACUUUGUGUUUUAAAAGACAAUAAGUUAAUUCAUUGUGAUUUAAAACCAGAAAAUAUUCUUUUAUGUUCUCCAGAUAAACCUGACAUCAAAGUUAUUGACUUUGGGUCUUCCUGUGACGAGACUAAGACAGUAUACACCUAUAUCCAGUCACGGUUUUAUCGUGCACCUGAAGUGAUUCUCGGGAUACCGUAUUCUACGAGUAUUGAUAUGUGGUCAUUUGGCUGUAUUGUAGCUGAAUUAUUUCUAGGUAUCCCUAUAUUCCCAGGUGCAUCUGAAUACAAUCAAAUUAGUAGAAUCAUAAAUGCGUUAGAUUAUCCUCCAAAUUGGAUGUUAGAGAUGGGUAAAAACACUUCCAAGUUCAUGAUUAAGAGAGAAACUAAUCAGAAUGAUCUAACAGGUGACAUUAACAAUACUGUACCUUCUGAGACAAAAUUCGAACUAAAGACCUUAGAAGAGUUUAAUGCAGAAUAUCCAAAGGCCAAUGAACAGCCAAGUAAACAAUAUUUCAAAUGGUCCAAACUUGGUGACGUUGUAAGAAAUUAUAAGAUCCCUAAGAGUAUUCAACAUUCACAAACAUUAAUUGAUCAAGAGAUGGCAAAUCGCGAAUGCCUUUUACAUUUUCUGACAGGUAUCUUAAAUUUGAAUCCACUUGAGAGAUGGACUCCUCAACAAGCUUCUUUACAUCCUUUUGUUACGAACCAACCAUUUACAGGUGAAUGGUUCCCACCUGGGUUAUUGCAUAAAAGAACUGUGAGUAACAAUACUGAACCAAAAGCAUCUAACCGUCAUCUUUCCUUGCAUGAAGGUGCUGCUGCAAAACAACUUGAUAGUCUGACAUUAGAAGGGUAA